GGAAAGGAUUUGCCUGCAGAGAGUGAAGAGAGGUGAUCGAACCUUCCAGGCUGGCAAUCCUUGCUCACAAUCCAAAUUCAGUAAAUAUAUAUUUUCAUGGACCAUGUGAAAAUGCAACUCUGCAAAAAGAUCCGUAGUGCCAAGUCAUCAAUAUGUCUGUGCUGUGGCUACUUCUGGGCCUUCUUGCCUUUACUAGACCCUGGCCUUCAUGCCCCACCUCCUGGAUCAGCAAGGCCCAGGUUUCCCAGAUGACUGAGGUCCUGACUGUUAGAAUCAAAGAAAUCCAGAGGAGGUUUCCAACCUGGACCCCUGACCAGCACCUGAGAGCUUUGUGUAACCCAUGGGUUGGUUUCCCAGCAUGGAGUGGACUCUGUGACUACACCCGAAGCAGCCAGGACCUGAGCUGUGACUUCUGCAAUGGUGUACUUGCACGAGCCAAAUACUUCAGAAGACAGGGCUUCUAACGCUUCAGCUCAGACCCAAGAUCAUUAUUGUGCAGGCAGCUUCAGCUGUUACACAGAUAAAAGUAGCCAAUGAGGGCUUCCCUGGUGGCACAGUGGUUGAGAGUCCACCUGCCGAUGCAGGGGACACGGGUUCGUGCCCCAGUCCGGGAAGAUCCCACAUGCCGUGGAACGGCUGGCCCCAUGAGCCAUGGCCACUGAGCCUGCACGUCUGGAGCCUAUGCUCCACAAUGGGAGAGACCACAACAGUGAGAGGCCUGCGUAUCGCAAAAAAAAAAAAGUAGCCAAUGAGGCCAGUAAUUCUGAAUCUGAGUUUGACCCAAAUGUCAUCAAAAUAACAUGAAUCACAUUAAAGAAUUAUUAUCUGCA